AUGGUGGACGCCUCACCCGGAACGGUGCCCCCCCAGCCGGGAACCCCGGCCACCCCCGCAGGGGGGUGGCGGCAACAACCUCCGCCGUGGCGACCCCAGCCUCUUCCUCCGCCUCAGCGCCCAGCCAAGGGAUCCGAGGAGGCCAGGGAGGGUGGGUGGAAAGGAAAAAGGGCAGAGGGGCUGCGAAGGCUGACUGGAGAGCUGCUCCUCCCGCCACCGGGGUGGAGCGCGGCGGGGUCCGGCCAGGAAGGAGCGGGCGGGCGGAGAACCCGGGAGCAGAGGCGGCGCUUCCCUCAGGGAUGCGGCGAGGAGGAAGCAGAGAUCCGUUCGGUGGGGGCCGGCGGGAGGGUGCCGAGCCCAGGCUCCAGGCGGCGGCGGCGGCGCGGUCCUGCCGGAGCCCACCCCACCAUCUCCCACCUCGCCGCCGGCUGCCCGCUUAGCGCCGAGAGGCGGCCGGGGCGGUCCUCAGCCACGAGCAGGACCAGGGCGAGGGGCCUCGCGGCGGCGGAUUCCUCCAGACACGCUCCAGCCGGGACGCCUCCAGGAGGGGGAGGAGGGGGCGGCGGGGAGCGUGUGAGGCCAGGGCAGGCAAGCCGAUCUCCCCCACCCGGGUCGGAGAAGAGCAGGCGUACUCAGGAGACAGGGUCCCGGGAGGCAGCGGGAGAGCGAGGAGAGCGGACGCAGGUCCCCCACCAGCCGGUGCCCACCAGCAGCUCGGCGGGCCAGCUCCUCACACCCGCCAGAGGGGAGCCGUGA